AUGGCCACCACCGAAGCAGUCCAUUUCUUCGACCUCUACUCCGACCUCCCCGUCCCCUCAAAAUCAUGGUCUCUCAACACCCUCAAGGUCCGCGCGGUGCUCAACCUCAAAGGCAUCCCCUACACGCAAAGCUGGAUGUCCUACCCAGACAUCAAGCCGCUUAUCACCGGCCUCGGCCUGCCGCCCAACGCACAAGGACUCCCCUAUACACUCCCCGCAAUCAUCCACAAGGGCAGCGUGACCUCGAACCCCAGCGGCGCACUCAUGGACUCCCUCCCCAUCGUCCAGCACCUCGACAAGGCCUUCCCCGGCCCAUCGAUCUUCCCGUCCGGCGACGCGAGCUUCGCGCUUGUGCUCUCUGUGGAGAAGAUCCUGGGGGGAUUGUGGCCUGUGUUCAGGCACUUGAUUGUCCCGCGCGUCGCGGGGCAUCUGGACCCCAGGGGGCAGGAGUACUUCAUCGAGACAAGGUCUAAGGCGUUUGGGAAGCCGCUGGAUGAGAUCCGUCCGACGGACCAGGAGAGUCUGGAUGAGCUGUGGAAGAUUGCUGAGACGGAGACUGCGGUGCUGAUCCGGAUGUUGAAGGGGCGGGAGGGGAAGAAGGGGGUGUUCUUUGAGGGGGAGGAGGCCGGGUAUGCGGAUUUGCUGCUUGCGAGUUAUCUUGCGUUUGUGGAGCGCUUUGACCAGGAGCUCUUUGGGAAGUUUAUGGGGCUUGGUGAUGGGGAGUUCCGGGAGCUCUAUGGGGCUUGUCUGCCGUGGUUGGAGGGGCAGGGGGUUGAGAAGGAGUGGCCGGUUUCUUCAGCUUAG